AUUUACAUAACCCGAUUGAACACAACUGUUGACACACAAAAUACCUCUUAUCAGUUAUCAUUCCGUCGAUGUCUUGUUCGGUUAUGUCUUUGCCAACUAAAUUUCCAAAAAAUUUCCAAUUGGCUACGGCUACCGCGGCGUAUCAAAUUGAAGGUGCAAAAAAUCUAGAUGGCCGCGGAUUCAGUACUUGGGAUUCAAUUCGUUCUGAAAAUGGUAGAAUUCAUGAUAACUCGGACCCUGAUCUUUCCUGUGAAGGUCGUCUAAAAUACAAAGAAGACGUUGCUCUUCUCUCAAAAAUCGGUGUCACCAGCUACCGAUUUUCAAUUUCUUGGUCCAGAAUUCUUCCAGAUGGAACUUUAAAAACAAUAAAUGAAGAUGGCAUUCAAUUCUAUCGUGAUAUUUGUCUUCUACUACGUGACAAUGGAAUUGAGCCAAUUGUGACACUGUUCCAUUUCGACAUGCCUCUUUCAAUUUAUGACAAUGGAACAUCAUGGCUAAACAAGGAGAAUUGUGAACAUUUCGAGAAAUUCGCAGAUUUAUGUUUCCAAAAGUUUGGAGAUCUUGUGAAGACAUGGAUAACUUUCAACGAAAUAAACAUGCAGGCUUGGUCAUCAGUUGUAAAGAUUGAAGGAGAACUUUGGUUAUGCCCAGAUCGUCCAGAAAUCGAGAAUCAUGAACAAGCACCUUACAUUGCAGCCACCAACAUGCUUCUUACUCACGCAAAAAUUUAUCGAAACUACCAGAAAAACUACAAAGAAACUCAAAAUGGCUUGAUCGGAAUAACAAAUGGUGGAAGAUUCUGUCUACCUGCUUCAGAUUCUCCUGCAGAUCUUGAUGCAUGUAAUCGAGCGCUGGAUUGGCUCUUCAAUUAUACAAUUGAACCAAUUUUGACUGAUUCCGGAGACUUCCCAGCCUCAAUGAGAGAAAAAUUACCGUUUCUACCAAAGUUCUCUGAAGAAGAAAAGAAACUCAUCAAAGGAAGCACUGAUUUCCUGGGAAUAAACUAUUAUCUCAGCCACAUUGUUCGUAAUUUAAAUGAUGGGGAGGAGCCAGCAUCUCAAUCAGAAAGAGACGCAGCUUAUGCGUUUAAUGAAGGAAAAUGGGAAAAAAUUUGUGGUGAGACAUGGGUUCGUUAUGCACCAGACGGUUUGUUCGGGCUUUUGAAAUAUGUUAGAGACAAGUACAAUAAUAUUCCUGUAUUCAUCACUGAAAAUGGAUGUAUGGAUUUGGUAGGAGGUGAAGGAAGAAAAGAAGAGGAGAUACUUGAUGAUAAGCAUCGCAUAAAAUUUAUUUCCGGACAUUUGGAAGCGGUAGCUAAAGCACUGGAAGAAGGAUGUAAUGUCAUUGGCUACACACUCUGGACUCUGAUGGAUAAUUUCGAAUGGGAUGACGGAUUCGGUGUUAAAUUUGGAAUUUGUCGCGUCGAUUUUGAUUCUCCAGACAAAACAAGAACCAUGAAAUAUUCGGCUAAAUAUUAUCAAACUUUUAUUCGCGAAUUUAAAAAGCAUCAUAAUCUUUUGUAGAAUGGAUACAAAUGUAUUGAUAAUAAAUAGAUUGCAUGCUAGUAAAAACAUUU